AUGGUUGAAGCUGCUGUUGAUUCAGAUAUUAUCAAACGUACUCAAGAUACUCUUGGACAAAUAAUUAAUGCGCCAGCACUGACAGAAAAACUUCUGAGUCGACCGCCAGUGCAAUUUUUACAAGAUAUUGUUAAAGCAGUUAUGAAAAAAACAAAUUUUCUACAAGGAUUAUAUUCGGACGAGGAACUAUCAUCAGCGUAUCUUAAAGAAAGUCGUGAUAAUAAAACAUUAUUUAUGAAAAAACUUGUUACUGCUGUUUAUAUUGCUGUUAAACGACCACCUGAUGUACGUGUUUCGAAAAUUUUAGCGGGUCAAGAAGCAGACAAAACAAAUCUUUUAUUACAAGCUCUUGCAGAAGCAAUUAAUGCAAAUGUUGAUAAUGGCGAUGUUGUUCGAAAAACUUUGCAAAGUUUAGGUGGAACUAAUGAAAAUGAAGAACCAUCACGUAGUCGUGAUCGUAACGAUCAAGAACAACCAGAAAAACAUCGAUCGAAAGAAGAACGUUCAAAUAAUUCCAUUGAACGUGAAGAAUCAACAUCAAAAAAAAAGACAAGUUCAAAAGACUCAACCAAAGAUCAAAAUGAUGCAGACGGAAGUAGCCAUACAAAAAGACGACGCACUUCUCGGCCUAGUGAUGAUACUGCUAAUGAAGAUAAAAGACAGGCAGCUGCACAAAAACAAGACGAUGACGAUGACAAUGAUAAAAAAGAUGAUGAUGAUUCAAAACCCCGCCGACCAACACGGCCAUCAUCAGCUAAAGGUCCACGAAAACUACAAAAUAAUGGUAGUCAACAACGACCAACAUCUCCAAAAACUGAUCAAUCAGCACGACAACCUACAGCACAACAACGACCAACGUCUACUGACAGAGACAAUAACGACGAAAAACCUUUAGUUCGACCAGGUACUGCGAAUACUGCUGCUAAAAGGCGUACGCCAAUGAAAGUAGCAGCAUCUGAUGAACUAUCUGGGUCAACAGGAAGAGUGCCCAGUGCUGCACAACGUGGUCAAGGAACUUUAAUAAUUGAAAGUAAAGGUGCUCGUGAUAAUGAUAUGAAUAAUGAUGAUGACGAUGAGGACGCCAAUUUUUUAAUACAAGAAGAAAAGCCAGCAUUAACAAAACCUUUUAGACAAGACGAUUCGGAUAAUCGUGGUGGUGGCAUGGGUGAUCAGGAAGGUGAUGAAGGUGAUCAACAUGGUGCACUUGUUAUCGCAAUGAUACAUUCAGAAAAACGAUAUGUAGGUGGAAGUGAAACCGUUGGACACCGUUCAGACGUAAAAACAAUCGCACAAAAUGAUGCACAACGUCGACGUGAACGUGAAAAAAUUCAAAAAGAUGUUGAUAAACUUCGUGAAACUAUUCAAUCACUUACAAAAAGUGUUGUACCAUUAGGCAAAAUACUUGAAUAUCUUCAAGAAGAUUAUGAAAUGAUGGCAAAAGAAAUGCAACAUUAUACUGAUGAAUACAAAAGAACGGUUGUAGAACUACGAAAGGAGAAAUUUACAACUGAUCAAAGUCUCGAACCACUUCGAGCAGCUUUAUUGGAUUUCGACGAACAAAUAAUCGAUAUGAAAAAUCGAAUUAUAUUUAUGAAGAAAAAAAUUAACAAUAAUGAAAAAGCGAAUGCAAGUCGUCUGCUGGAUAUUAUUCGUAAAACUAAAUGA